GCACAAUUGUACAUGACAUUAUUACUCGGACAUCAUGCGGGCGAUUUUCUUAACGCUCACUGCCUUGCUAACCUGUGCCGCUGCUUUUAACGAAAAAAAAAUAGUAUGUUACUUUGGCAGCUGGGCAGUGUAUCGUCAAGGCAAUGGAAAGAUUAACAUAAAUCAAAUCGAUCCUUUUCUAUGUACUCAUUUGAUUUAUACAUUUGUCGGUCUGCAAAACGAUGGAAGCAUAACAGUAUUAGAUCCAUGGGGUGAUUUAGGUCCAUCCGAACCAAAUGGUGGUCUUGACGGCUACAACAAAUUCAAUCAAUUACGUGGUAUUAAUCCUGAUGUCAAAACACUCCUUGCAAUAGGCGGAUGGAAUGAAGGCUCAGACAAAUUUUCUAAAGUAGUUUCCAGUCCCAUAAAACGAACUAUUUUCAUAGAAAAUAUUGUGAAAUUUCUAAGGAAGUACGGUUUCGAUGGCUUAGAUUUUGACUGGGAAUAUCCAAACCAACGCGGUGGAGUUGAAACUGAUAAAGAGAAUUACGUGUAUCUCUUGAAAGAGUUGAGGGAAAGGUUUGAUAAAAUAGGAUUGAUCCUAUCGGCUGGCGUUGGUGCAGUCAAACAUUCAGCCGAGCAAUCUUACAUCAUUCCCGAGGUCAUCAAAUACUUGCACUUUGUCAAUCUUAUGGCGUACGAUAUGCAUGGCGUUUGGGAUCAAAAAACUGGAAUUAACGCUCCACUUUAUGCAGGAUCCUGGGAAAGUGGCAAUGAAAGGUUUCUCAAUGUUAACGCCACAGUGCAUUAUUGGUUAUCUCAAGGUGCUCCAGCUGAGAAACUCAUUCUCGGUAUGCCAUUUUACGGUCGAAGUUUUACACUCGACAAUCCAGAAAAUAACGUAAUUGGAGCACCAGCUCACAAGAAAGGUACCAAGGGACCAUACACCGGCGAAGAUGGAUCUUUAGGAUAUAACGAGAUUUGUGAAGCUCAACUUGAUGGUGACUGGGAUGUGAAAUACCAAGAGGAACAGCGAGUUCCGUAUACGGUCAAAGGAAGUCAAUGGGUUGGAUACGACGAUCCACAAUCCAUUCAAGAGAAAGCAGAAUUUAUUAAUAAAUUUGGACUUGGGGGUGCUGUGGUUUGGAGUAUCGAAACAGACGAUUUUCACGGCAUCUGUGGUGAAAAAAAUCCACUUCUCAAAACACUAAAUAGAGUACUACGUCCUCCACUCCAUACGACAACCACAACCGAAAAUCAUAGUAAUUUUGUGACUUGUACCAGGCCAGGAUAUAUUCGUGAUCCAUUCGACUGCGCUGUUCAGUACAAAUGCAUGCCUGAUGUUGAAGAGGGAUACCAGAAAAUUGAAUACAAAUGUCCUACUGGAUUAGUUUUUGAUACGAUAUUGGAUAUUUGCAAUUCACCUCAAUCUGUUGACUGUACUGCAUGAAUUGAAGUUUUUUUUGCAAACUAAUAUUAUUAUACUUGCAGCAUAAUAGCUAAACUGUAACUAAUUUUCAAUAUCUUACUCUGAAUAUCUGCUUUCGAGGAAAUUUUUUUUUUUAAGUUUUCUCUCGGUAACUAACAGACAAUCCAAUAGUACAAGAUACUCAUACAACUUGUCGAGUUCUAUUGAGAUUAUCGAUUUAUUGUGGCAGGAAAUAGAUAGAUAUAUUUAACGAAUACCUUGUAAUAUUUUCGUACAAAAUAUCUAUAAUAAAACAAGUAGCAUUACAAACAAACAAACAAAUCUGAAAAUCUUAUGUUACCUGCGAAUACACAAGAAAACUUAUUUAUUGUUAACACACUUUGAUGCUUAUGUAUUCUUGUAAUAAAUAUUUGUACAUAAAAUUUCUUAUACGUGAAAAAUCUAUUGCAGUAAUGCAAGGAUUUAAAGCGUGUACUUGAUGCCUAACAAAAAUUUUUUAAAACAAAUGCGUUAUGCAAAAGCCAAUACAGUUAGAGUUUGCAAUGAAAUCUACAUAAAAUAAUUGACGUAAAACUAUUCAAUCAAAUAUAUUAUUCUUAAAAAUAUUUAAAAUAGAUUAUUCUAUUCGUUGUUCAAGAUUUAUAUAAUGUAUUCAGUUACAUGAUAGCACGUAAAAAAAUGUUUCAAAAAGGAAAAAAAGUUAUGUGAUAAAUCGAGGUCAUCAUUACGGAGAAAACAAUAAAAUUACAUACAGUCAAUAUCGGUGAUCAAUAAACACUUGCAUCUAAGAUGCACGUUAACUUCCUAAAUGCGUACGUAUACCUGUUAAGAUUCUAGCGUUUCACUAGAUUUCGAAUAACCAAGUGAAGCUGUAAAUUAUCGAAAAAUCAAGUGACUGAACCAAGAAAGUGUGAGUAGCUAGGUUUUCACGUGAACGUUUACCUUGUUUUUGCAAUUGCCGCCAUUCAUAGUGUAUGCGGUUAAGGCUGAAGUCACGCUGUAUCAUGACAGUAUAUAAAGACAAAUAGUGAAGAAGUUUCCGUGUGAUGAGUAAACUAAAAUUUACCAAUCAGUCGUAAUAGAGUCAUUCGUAAUGGUGCCAACAAGUUUCUGGAUAGUAUCUGUUGCAUUGUCAGUCGUUACUGCUUACAAUGAUAGUGAGUCUUUCUAUUUUAUUCAUAAAUCGAUAAAAGACACUCGCUAAUUUAAGCACGUGAUUGAUGUUACUGGGUAUUUCAUUUUUUCUAUUAUAAUUAUAGUCGCCUGA